AUGGCGCAGCGACAAGUGGUGCGGCGCGCAGGCAUCCUCGCAAUCCUCACUGUCGGACUUGUAUUCCUAUGGGCCCGUAUAACGCACAAUAACAUCUCCACACCCGGCCCAGACCACACAAUCACCACCACCACCACCACCACCACCACCAUAGUCGACGACCUCUCCAGCGCCCGCGCGCCCUUCGUGUCCUGGCCCCUGCAGCGCCUCUGCGCCGAGACCACUCCCGUCCCGGGCCUCGUGUUCCUCUGCGACAACAACAGCGGCGGCCCGGGCAACAUCCGCAACUACAUCCUGACGUGCGUGCGAUACGCCAUCGAAGCGGGCGCCACGGCGCUCAUUACCCCACAAAUCCGCACCCGCAACCCCGACGACCCGCGGGACCUGUUCCGCGGGCACCAGCCGCUGGCCUACUUGUUCGACGCGGCGCAUUUCGGUGAUGCGCUCGCAGCCGCCUGCCCACAGCUACGAAUCUACGAGCGCCUGGAGGAUGUGCCGGGCGUGGCGGCCAAGGCGCGCCGCGAAGGUUUGGGGGACGGCGGGGUGGCGCGCAUGGUGCAGACCGUGACGCCCAAGCACGGCUUCGACGGCGGCCGCGGCGGGUGCGACGCGCGCGACCAGAACCGGCACACGGACCGGUUCGGCGCGGCGUUCCGGGCCUGGAUGGCGGAUUCGGCGCGGGAGCUGGGGCUCGAGCCGACUGCGGCGGAGAAUCCGAAGGUAAUCCGCCUGGCGUGGGGCGUCCUGUGGGACUGGCCGGUGUACCGCGACGGGCCGGAGUUCGUGGCUAGUUUUGGUGGUUUGUUGAGGUUCCGGGACGACGUGCUGGAUUUGGCGGAUGGCAUUGUGCCUUCGAUGGGGGCGCUGGGGGCCAGCAGCGGCGAGGCGGAAGAAAGGGGGGUAAGUGGGAGUGGGCGGUCGCCCUCCGCUUUCUUGGGGGUCCAUCUGCGCACGGAGGUGGAUGCGCUGGCGCAGUGGCCGUCGUACGAGAAUCAGAGUCUUGGAUACAUAACCGAGGCCGAGCGGCAGGGGUACCGGGGGGGCCUUGCGUAUCUGGCGUGCGGCAGCGAGACGGAAGCGCGGAAGUUCGCCGACGAGGCGGAGGCUAGUCUACAGCUGAGGGUCAGGUCGAAGUACGACUUGCUGGAAGGGCGGGCCCUCGAGCAGCUGAAGGCGAUGAGCUGGGACCAGCAGGCCCUGGUUGACUACGUUGUGCUGCUCGGCGCGGACUACUUCGUCGGGGUCAGCCCUAGUAGCUUCAGUAUCAACGUCGCCCUGAAGAGACAUCUGCAGAGGGAGGGCUUGAAUACCCGGCCGUGGAGGGUCGGGGGCUUGGGGGAUGGGCGGAGCUGGCUUGUUGGGAGGUAUGAUGCAUACUGGGACGACUGGCUCUUCAUGUUUGACGGUAUGUGGCCGUAG